UUUCCUCCUCUGUCCGCUCCGCCGCCGCCUCUCCUGCAUCCUAGAUACCCUUCAGCGCUCAUCUCCGCAGCUUCGCCAGCUUUUCAAAUCCCCCUUCGCGGGGCUGUCAUCCAUCAACACCCCGACUCCAAUCUCACCUUUGUCCAUCACGACGACAGACCUUUGACGCUCAUCACACGACAACCCAACGAUUGCCUGAAGUAGAAAAGAAACGAUUCUCUACCCACCAUGCCUACCGCCGGCCUCAAGACCAUCAUUGCCCUCUCCUUCGUCCUCGCCGUGGGCUUCCUCCUCGUCAUCCUCUCCUGCGCCCUCUACAAGGUCUACUACCCGCUCCUCGUCGUCGCCACGUACGUCCUCGCGCCGCUGCCCAACUGGAUCUGUGGCCGGUGCGCCAACCCGGACGACUUUGUCGAGACUGGCGGCGCGGCGGUGCUCGACUUGGGGAGGUUCUUCACCGGCUUCUUUGUUGUCAUGGGAAUUGCACUCCCCGUCGUCCUUGCGCAUUCCGACCUCAUCCGCGUCGAAGCCAUGAUCAUGUCCAUCACCGGCGGCUUGCUGAUCUACGGGACCAUCAUCAGCUUCGGCAUGUUCUUCCAGGAAGAUCAGGAGUUUUGAAAUAAAGCAGAAAGCGAAGUGUGCUUUAAACGACAGUCAUUUAUGAGGAAAAAAAACAAAAAUGCCGAUAGGGGGUUUUGCGAAGUGGGCGGAAAGGGGGACUCUGGGAUGCUCCUUACGGUGUGUGCGAACAUGAAUGAGUGGUUCAG